ACAACAGAUUGGUGUAUAUCACAAAACAUGAACAGAAACUGAUCUUUCAAGUUAUUCUUUAUGUUAAAGGAUAACAACGUUCAGAAAAAGCAUAUCAACUUAAAAUAAGGAUAGUACGAUAAACUAAACAGACAGAGCUACUGACAAAUUAAAAUCUAAAUGUGUGUAACAUUUGCCAAAUUGGUACGUAUGGUCUAGAAUUUUCAAUUGAAAGGUAAAGAUUGAACGUAAGGCGCCAAAAAGAAAUCCGUAAUUGUUCAAAUGCUUAUAAAACACGCAAUGAUUUAUUUCAAAAAUUACAAAGUUGGUGCCAUUUCCACACUUUGUGUGGUUUGCUUUUGGAUUACGGUACAAUCGUAUAAUUUUUCGUUAGAUAAAAUGGUUCCUAGUUCUGCUGCCGAUUCGCCAGCUAAAACUGCCAUCAAUAAAUUAAGGAACAAAGAUGACUACCUUGAACAGAUGGACACCCUCAACAAACAAAAGGUUGAUAUGGAUGACCCAAGGUUAAUCAGUUUGAUACGAAACUACUGGAUAGAAAACCCGUCAGACCAACCAUACAAUCUUAACAAACCGCAAGUACUAGAUCCUUCCAUUGGACAAGCUGCCUUUGCUGAUAACCGAUUAAAUUUUAAGACAGGCGGGUUUUUUGUUGAAUGUGGAGCACUUGAUGGGGAAACCAGAUCAAAUACAUUAAUAUUUGAACGCCUGAGGAGUUGGAAUGGUCUUUUGAUUGAGGCUGACCCAUCAAAUUACAAGUUAGUGAAGAAAAAGAACAGAAAAGCAUUUACUAUUAACGCUUGUCUUAGUGUUUACCCAUAUCCAGUAAAGAUGCAAUUCAAAAAAAAUUUCAGUGUUGGCAAGAUAUUACAGGACCAGAAUUCCAAGGGAAAAGACAUUGUGAAUGUCCAGUGCUUUCCUUUCUAUUCAAUUUUGAAGGCUAUUAAUGUUACUCGCGUUGAUUUCUUCAGUCUGGACGUUGAGGGAGCUGAAUUACAAGUUUUAAAGACUAUACCAUUUGGAAAAGUAGAUAUUGAAAUGAUGACAGUUGAAUUUAAACAUGUUCCAGGAGGAGAAACACAAUUGAAAAAUUUUGUAGAAAAUAAUGGAUACACCUCACUUAUCAGAAUGUCCCAUUACAAUGGUUAUGCAAAUGAUAUAAUAUUUAGAAAAAAAGUAUAAUGAAGUUCAUUCCUUUCAUAUUAAGGUAGCACUACAGUCAGAAUGUUCUUACUCCAACCAACAGUCUUUAAAGAUUAUUUUUUCUAAAAAAACUAAAUGGAUUUUUAAAAUGGUUAAUGCUGAAAUAUUUUUCCUUCUUAAUCUAUAGAUAAGAUUUAUUUUUUGUAUGAUAAACCUUAAAAUAUAGCUUAUUGAUUGCCAAAACACAGGUCUUCAAUCUUGGAUGAACAUGACACAUUCAAAUAGUAGUAAACAUUUAUGUCCAUCCCUUUAAUCAACCAUACAAAAGCUACAAAGAUAUAUUGAUUUAACUGUUAGGUGCCAAACCUCAUUUCACCUUUCAUCUUUGGACACCUAUAUAUUCAUUUAGAAAAAAAUUAUCCAAAAACUGAUGCAUGAUAUUGCAAAAAAUACUCCCUUUAAUCACAUAUAUCAUAGUCAAACCACAAGAGGUGCCCAUAAGUUUCUAGUUUCAUCUUUUGCCAACAAUUCUUUUCAACAAUUGUUUUGAGAAAUGACAUACAAACUGAAUUUCCUCUUAAGAGCCCUUAUAAAUACAACAUAAGUACAAACAUUCUACUUGGAACACUCAGGAGUGUUCUAAAACCAUUUUGCUAUCAAAAGAACCACACACUGUAUGUCUUUGACUCUUUAUACUGUAAAAUUUGUAUUAGUGUGUGCACUGUCCAACACUAACUUGGUAUUUGACAUGAGAUUGACGUCACAGAUUUGACCAAUAUUUGUGAUGUAGUAAUUAAAUAAAGACAGAGCUCCGCCUCUGUCCAGACAGUUUAGGAUGAGAGAAAAAACAGGAAUAAACAACUGCAUAUUAUCAAUAUUUAAAAUCAGUAGUAUCACUAUAAAGAAUAAUUUUCAUUUAUAUUUUAAAAAGAAAGAAUUACUAACAAAUUUGCCAAACCAUUAAAAUUAUGCAAUAAAACACAUGUUCAAAAAAAAGACCAAGACCACCCCCUUCCAAAAAAAUAGACUGGCCCACAUGAUUUUUAAGUGUUAUGGAAUUGAAAAAUUUCACAUAAACUCAAAAUUGGUUAAAACUCCUAACAGAAGACAGAUUCAGUGGCAUGUUCUUCUUAUUUGUAGUAAGAACCAUAACAGUUUGACUAGGAUUUCAAAGAUACUUUCACACUCUUGUCAAUAGUAUUGUAUAUUUUGGUUAGAUCUUUUCCCUUAAGAUUUUCUCCUUUUCAUAUUUUUUCCCUUUUCGCUGUUUACAUUGUACUUCCAUGUUAUAUAAAUUACUUUUGUUGCAAUACGAUGACAUAAGACUACACAAUUUAUAUUGUGGUCAGGGGUUAGUUUAAACAUAUUUUAUUGUUCCAAAAAGAGACAAAUGGAUUAGACACAAGUUUUCCAACUUAGUAACGUCUUCUCCAGUCAGGGGUUAACAGCUGUUCACUGGUAUCAACAGAUGAUUGACAUACAUUUAUUAGCGCCUCCUGAUUAAACAUAGGAAGAUGUAGUAUGAAUGCCAAUGAGACAGCUCUCCAUCUAAAUGCAUAUAUAUUUACAUUUAUUACCAUGUCGUCGCUGUUAUGCAAAAACCUCGUAUCUCAAUUUUUUGCGGUAAUCUUUUAAUCGAUUAUUUAGGAUUAACUAUGUAUGAUCCACUGUGUUCGAAAAUAUCUGAUCUUGUAACCAAUCAAUAACUCGAAUUCUGACAUGUGACGAAUAAGUGUAGUCAGAUUGGUGAGACAUUUUGUUGUGCGAAAAUAUCGUUUCUCAAAAGAAAACACAUGGCAGCUGACAUUAUAACAGGUGGAGUUUUAUCAAUUUGAGGUUCUCAAAGCUCAUAUAGCCUAGAAAUAAUGAAAAGCUUUAAAAAAAAAAACAAUAUAGAUGCAGAAAUAUUUGCUCGUCUUAAUAAUUGAUUGGUUAGAAGAUCAAAUAUUUUCGCAUACAGUGGAACAAACAUGUUUAAUUCUAAAUAAUCGAUUAACAGAUUUUAGUUUUUACUGCCUGGUGUAAAAUUAUUAAAACCUUAGGUUUUUGCAUAACAGCGACGAUGUGCUUUUAUUUACAUCAGUUUAUUAUCACUUUACACUCUGUUGUGAUAUAAUAAUGACUUUUGGAUUUUUACAAACUAUGACUAAUACUUACUUUAAAAUCAUUCGAUAAAAUAUAAUGACUUUCAAAAGUCAUUGUUAGACUGUAGUGGUACCUUAAAGAGUUUUCCAAUGCUGAUGGCAAAUUAAUUUAAAUGGCUUUUGGCAUUUCUGUAAACAUUUUUGAUAUCAACGAUUCCUAAAUAUCGAUUAAAUCCCUUGUUUGUUACCCAAACUACCUUUAAGUAAUUGAAUUACUUUCUGAAAAAAUAUAUUUUCUAUAAAACUCAACAUUUUAAAGUCAUCAACACAACUCAGGAUUUUUACGAAUAUCACAUCUCAAAUGAUUUACACAUGUAUUGGUUUUUGAGCUCGCGGUCUAUGGUACGAGAUUUAAGGUAUGACAGCCUCAACAUAUUAGGACUCUUGUGAGAUCUACAAGGGUGUAUUUUAUGUACAAGAGACAUUGCGGGUAGGACUUUUAUCGUCCCUUUCCGAUGGAAUACAUCGUUUCUCAAGACCACACUUGUAAAUGGUGUCAAAAAAUGUAAAAACACAAAAAUACUAAACUCCGAGGAAAAUUCAAAAAGGAAAAUCAAAACUCAAAAGGCAAAAUCAAAAGUCCAAACACAUAAAACGAACGGGAGAGCCGUAACACUAGUACUACACCACAACUAUCCAUAUUGUAAUUAUAAACGCGCAUAUGCCCUUUAAUAAAAAGUUGCUUGGCUAGUUUAUCGGAGUUCAAUCGUUUAGUCGUAAUAAAUUGUUUUAGUGUAUGUUUCAGGCAUUUCAUAACACCAAACAUUGAUCUAUUUUUUUUUGUUUGCAAUGGUUAAACAAAUAUUCCCAGACAUAUUUCGGUGGUGCUCAACUUUUGGCGGACUGUAUAUGUUUUUUUUUAUAUGUAAAACGUCUAGAUAGUGGUGAAAGCUCAUUCUCACGAGGGUGUCUAUAAUGAAGGCUGCUUGUUCAAUUUGUUGAUGUUAUUUGUAUGACUUUCUAUUAAACUAAGCAUGAUUUCAGUAGCAAUAGACUUAGCAUUAUUGUCUCUUCUGGAUAUCAUGCCAUCAUUAAAUCUAAACCAGAUGACCGGUUCUUCGAUAAAAAAAAUCAAAGAGUUAUUUUUCGAAUGUGUUUACUUAACGAAAGCAACGAUAGAGCCAAUAUACCAAGCACAUGUUGAUUGA